UGCACUUAAAUUACAAAAUACAACUGUUUAGGUUUGGUACGAUUCAUCUGGUUUUAGGCAAAUACAUUUGUAAAAACACUGAUGGUGUUAAUGUGCUGUGGUGGCCAACAAGUGAUUCAAAUCUUUCAGAUGACAAAUAUUGAUAUAAUAUUCAGGUAUUUCAAAGCCUCCAUUGUGUUGUACAGUUUCAAGGUACAAUGGCAGGGUUUUAAAAGUAAAAAGCUUGUGGCAUCACAGAUCUUCCACCAUACAAUGAGCAUUAGGUACUUUUCUGCACUUUUUGCUAGUAAUUUCUCUAAUUCGUUGUUCAAAUCAUUUGCACCUACCUGUGGCCAACGCUUGGGUCCUUCCUUAUAGAUGCCGUUGUGACAUAAAAGCUCAAUCUUUGUCAGUGUAGAAAAAUUUUAAUGGUAAGACAAAAAAGGCUUUUUCCUGGUACGUCAAUAGAGCAACAACUAGGUAUGUGGAUAGCUUCUAAUGUUAGUUACAGAGAUCUGGUGACCAUGAAAAGGCAUUCAGAAAUCAUACUUCCAUAAUACAUUAAAAUAGAAGUAGCAGACAUGUUUAUUUUUUCCUCAAAAGAAAUACAUUAUCAACAGUGCAAAAGUUCUGCCACCUCAAAGAGGUCACAGAUCUUUCCUCUGAUUGUACAUUUGUCUGUCUCUCUGCAGUUCAGAAGCCUGAGAGUCCCCACUACAGAGCGGCUACGUGAGCUGCUGCAGUACCUGCAUGAGAAAGGAGACGAUGCAUGCUAUGAGUUCUACAGAGCACUUCACAUCCAAGCGGAGGACGUUUACUUCAGUCUGCCCACUAGAAUUAGACAAAGAGAGAUGACUGACUCAAGAAGUGCAAACAAUGUGGCUGUCAUCCCAGAGCGAUAUGUGUUUAACGAGAGAGGACCAAUUUUCUUUCUGAGUUGUUUCAGCGUUGCAGUUGGCAUUGCAUUUCUCUAUUAUUACGGAGAGGGUCAGAGACUCAGAUGCACGGAAGCAUUCCUUCACUGCUCUGCGGUGAGACUUGGUAAAGACGCCAAGGACGUGUUCGUUUCCUAUGUGGAGGUUGGGAAGUAGAAAUAACAAGACUGAAA